UUUUUGCAGUGAUUGCUGGGAAGAAGAAGGAGGGUGUCGAGGUUGAGACUUUGGAAAGGCAGUUUUAGGCAGAGCCAGUCUGAAAAGAUUAUUGUCACCAUGAUGGACGAGGAAAUCAAUGAGGACCGCACCAAGCUGAAGCAGGGCCUAGUCAAAGUUCUCCAGUGUGUGGCCAGCAUCUCCUCCGCGGCAGCUGUGGUCAACCCCAUAUUCGGCGUGGCUGGCUCCUUGAUCAGGGUUGUGCUGCAUCACAUCGACGACGAGGACAUCUGCACCCUAAAACGCGAAUUCGGAUCAGUCAAUCUGAAGCUAGACGAGCUCUCACAGCAGAACCGCAGAACGCUGGUGCAGAUCGAGAAGGAGACACUGGACGGCCAAUACUGCAAGGUGGAGGAGAACCUGAAGAAUCAGUUCAGGAAGUUCAUGGCGAUGGUGGAGGCACGGCCAGAGCACCGUGAGGGCAAGAAGGACGACUUCGAGGAGAGCUAUGCCAACGAUUUGGGUGACCAGAACCUGCAUACUCUGUACGAGGGCGUGGUGGGCAAACGGAAGCUCUUCAGCAGGCCUAUUCUGGAGGUUUACCUGAAGCACUCACAGGGCGACCGGCCAACCAUGGAGCGGCUCUGCACGCGCCUCACCUACCUGUUCUGCAUCGGCCUCAUCGCCCUCAUGGGCUACGCAGCCAUCAUCGGGGAUGACGAGGAAGGCCUGAGCGAGGAGUGGGUCGAGAAGAUGGAGCAUGUCCAGGAGCAGAUGCAGGAGGCUCUGCGCAGGUGCAAAUGAAGAGAAGAAGGUUCUUUUUGGACUUGUGUCCACAUUUCUGCUUUAACUAGAGCUCUGUCUUUUCCUUACGUGAACGUGAAGACAACACCACAUCUGUCAGAUCCUACUGCAUGUAAACUGGCUUUCGCAUAGAAAUAUCGACAGAUUGGGUGGUUUCACAUCACAGCCGAGUAAAACAUAUAGACAUAAAUUCAGCCGUUAAUAUCAUGGUGAUAAAAUGAAAGCACUAAUUUGGAGAAAAAUGAAAAAGAAGAAAAAUACAGUGAACAUUGCAUCAGAUUUAAAUCACAUUCCCUUUUAUGCUUUAAUGCAAACUAUUUAUGAAUAUAAAUGAGCCCAUUUAUCAUGAAACUGCUUCAAAAGCUGGAUUAAAUCAAUUGUAUUAAGAAUAUCUGGACAGAUUGUUUUAUUUCUUAAUGAAGCAUCUGUAUAGAGUCAGUUUAGUCCAGCUUCAUAAUAUAAAAUCACGUUUAUGCACUUUGUGAAAUAUUCGCCCUUUAUUGGGAAGCUUCCAGGGAAGCCUGAAUCGCCUUGUGAGAGAAAUGUGUUGGAGCGUGGAAGCUAGCUGUUUGCCAAAGUAUCGAACAAACAUCUGCAGAAUGAUGAACCGAAAAGACCCUGGAAUGACCCUAUGGUUUGGUUUUCUGUCUGCAGCUUUUUCAUGACCAGAGGAGAGGAACCACGUGUUGAGCAUCUAAUAUCUGAUUAAUCAUUAGAGAUGUUUCUGAACCUGUAAGUCUGUCACAUAAUCGUCUUUUCAUACUUUUCACAUGCAAUCCUUUGCCUUUCCCUUCUGUGUGUGUUUUUUAGUGGCUGAGUACGCCAGUACCCACUGUUAUUUUAUUUUGAUAUAUUUUACAUGGUUUUGGGGGAGAGUGUUUUGGUUUUUGGUAUCAUAUUCUAAACUAAUCGGGUUUAUGGUUCUGUGUCAUGUUACUUUUAAUUACAACACUAAUGACGUCCAAGUGCUCUUCACAUGGAGGAAAACUGGAGCGCUGAUGGUUUCCUGAAAUGUCAGAUAUGUGAAUAUGUUCAUGUUUUUUGUUAUGGAUGUUUUAUGUUUGAGUUUAUGAAUAUAUGCAUCAAUACCAAUAAAGAAGUGAGGAAAAAAGUCA